GGUCGUGAGUGAAUAGGACUCUUAUCUGGUAACGUUAUUCUUGUUAUAUGAAUGUAGGUGAAGCGGCUGCUUUGCUCCAACGGGACCUGUUUCUGUAUGCUUUUAAGCUAAUGGUCUAGAUUUUACCAAUAAAUGUGCAACAAUGAUGCACUACUCAAACUGGCUCAUUGACGUGAAAAACAGAGCAAGCUUUCGAAAUGAGUACAAAUCACCACCUAACACCGACUGGAUUAAGAGGGGGAAUAUUGCGGACAUGCAGAAUAACAACCCGCAUCUUAACGAAAAAGCAUCCGAACUAGCAGCUGCCAUUCAUCUCUUGAAAAAAGGCUACAAAAUAAUCAAGAAAAUUGGGGAAGGCACAUUUUCAGAGGUCCUGAAAACUCAGAGCUUAAAAGAUGGGAAGUUUUAUGCAUGUAAAGCCAUGAAGCAGACAAUAAACAGUCUGGAGCAGGCCAACAAUCUGCGGGAAGUCCAGGCAAUGAAGAGACUGAGCCCUCAUGCAAAUAUUGUCCAGCUACAUGAACUGAUUUUUGACAAGGAAACUGGAAGGGUAUCUUUGAUUUGUGAGCUGAUGGAAAUGAAUAUCUAUGAGUAUAUACAAGGAAGAAAAACACCUCUGCCCGAACAUACAGUAAAGCACUACAUGUACCAGCUCUGCAAGUCGCUUGAACACAUGCACAGCUGUGGGAUCUUUCACAGAGAUGUAAAACCAGAAAACAUUCUUAUAAAGCAAAACAUUUUGAAGCUUGGCGAUUUUGGCUCGUGUCGGAGCGUGUACUCGAAGCCCCCGCACACAGAGUACAUCUCCACACGCUGGUACAGAGCCCCAGAGUGCCUGCUCACUGACGGGUAUUACAGCCUCAAGAUGGACAUUUGGAGCGCCGGUUGUGUCUUCUUUGAAAUCAUGAGCUUGAAUCCUCUCUUCCCUGGAACCAACGAGUUGGACCAGAUUGCCAAGAUUCAUGAUAUUUUGGGAACACCAGAUCAAAGUCUGCUCCAAAAGUUCAAGCAGUCUAGAGCGAUGCAUUUCAACUUCCCUCCAAAAAAAGGCACUGGCAUCUCACGGUUAGUCCCCAGAUGCCCAGCUCCAGCUCUGUCUCUCCUCUAUCAAAUGCUUGCCUAUGACCCCGAUGAACGAAUCGCUGCUGAAACAGCCCUAAGGCACACAUACUUUAGGGAAAUAAGGAUGGCAGAUAAGAAGGCCGAGAGUCUUCACAGAGUUUCUGGGACUAUGGAUGUAAUCGGAAGUUGUGUGACACAAAACUCAGUUGACCAUAUCUGUCGACCAGCUCGAGUUGGGAAACAACUGAGAGGGAGACACACAAGACAAACACCUUUAAUGAGUCACAACAUGAAGCAUGUAGCAGACACCCUCAUCCGACGGAACAUCCCUCAUUAUCCAGCAGAGCUGCCCAAGCUCAACGUGGUUGUACCGGGACCGCAGAUCUCCUUCCCAGUCUCCACUAUGCCUGCAUUUACAGUCACUCACAGAGGCACACUGCCAACUAUCACAUCCAAAAAGUGCCAGUCACAGUUGGCCAAGCCCCGGGAUGACUCACACCAUGCAGCUUUCAAGACCUACUAUAUGCCACCUCUGGAUAGAAAACAUGGAGGCUGCUGAGAGCCAAAAAACAGGAAGUAUUACAUUAAGAAGAAAAAAAAAAAGAAAAAAAAGAAAAAAUAAAGCUACUGGCUAGACCUG